AUGCGGCACGUGACCUCUGGAAUAUUGAAAUCGAUAUUCGUUAAAUUCAGCUCUCUUCGAAGCCAACACGAUGGAUUCAUUCUAACUGUGAAGAACAGUGAAAUGGGACCCAGAAACAAGCCGAUGAGGCAGUUUGGUGCCUCUCUGGCUCGGGACGAAAACAAGGAAUCAGCGCGUGGUUUAAAUGUCGAGAUCCACCCAGCACUUCUGUCAGAAAACGUUAAUUUGAUAAAGUAUAGGAAUAAUCCUUAUUUAUCGCAUGAAGGGCAGGGGAAGGGCCUGGGAGGUUCAAAAGUUGCGAAGCGCUACAGCAGAGGACUGAAAUUUCAUGAACCUGGUGUCCUAAGCAGGGAACUUGACGAACAAAGAGCUUUUUUGGCGAGUCAAAAUGAAUUGAAGAGACAGCAAGAGGAGAUUGAGAGAGCCAAGGUACGAGCGGGAGAACUACCGGACGUCUCAAUCAGAGAGCAUAAUUAUCUACUGGGCCACGUACCGCAAUUGGAAUGGUGGGACGCUGCGUAUGUAGGAGACGUGCAUACAUGGAGCAUCAAGGACAAGUAUACGCAGAAGAUGGAAGACUCAGACGACGAUGAUGAUGAGGAUGACUAUGAGAAUGAGAACAAUACAGGAACACCCCAAACUCCAACUAUUCGCUACGUCCAGCAUCCCGUUCCGAUCAAGACUCCGGAUCUCGCGCGAGAGCUACCAGUUCCGCGAAUCAGACUCGUGAAACGAGAACAGAAGAAAGUGCGUCGUAACCGCCGGAAACUUCUGCGGGAAGAGCACGAACACAAGGUACAAUUGGGACUGGAACCCAAGCCUGCGCCCAAGGUGAAACUGGCCAACAUGAUGAGUGUCUACCAGAAUAGCGAGAAUAUAACUGACCCGACCAGCUGGGAACAAACUGUGAGAGCGCAGGUGGAGGACAGACACCGCGUUCACGUUGAAACAAACAUCAGACGACAUCUGGAGGCAAAAGAACACAAAAAAGAGGCGAACGUCAAUGAAAACACUGCGUCCACAUUUUCUGAUUUGCACUGCAGAGUGUUCCGGUUUUCAAGCUUGCGAAACCCCAAGAUAAGGUUCAAACUGGCUGCAAACAGCCGACAGCUCAAGAUGCGCGGGGUGUGUCUACGGGCUGGUUGUGACGGUCCAGGGAUCCUUAUUGUUGUUGGCACUGAAAAGAAUUGUCGAUUUUACUUGAAACUCGUGCUGCACCGACUGAAAUGGUCUGAAGGGUUCACUGACCCUGACACGGGUCUGCUUGUCGAUUGUUCCAAGGAAAAAGUGACCCUGGAAUGGGAAGGCAUACUCAAAGAGUGCAGAUUUCGCGGUUGGUUUAUGAAAGAAUGCCAAUCGGAGGACGAAAUUAGAGAAGUCCUUCGGCAACUGGGUUCCGAGAGUUUUUACGACGUUUUAGGCCACCGGUAG